GCUGUGCCUGUGCCGCCCUGCUGGGCUCCGGACCUGACAUCUCUGUGCCCACUUCUGGCAGGAUGGCCCAAGCAGGGGCACCUGUCCGCUUCCACGCCGAGGAGGGCUGCAUUGCCUCUCCCCCGCCCUUUGCCCACAGGGUGAACCGGAGGUCCUGGCUGGCGGGGGGAAGCCCCGAGGCGGGGCGGUGCAGCCCCUCGCCCUGCCUCAGCCCCAACCUCAACGCCGGCCGCCUCCACCUGCUGCGCAAGGGCCUGGCGCCCGAUGCCCGCCGCUGCCCCCUCGGCCUCUACAACAGCACCGGCUCCUUGGCCCGCAGGCCGGCUGAGGCAGCGCCCUUUGGCAGCGGGAGCUGCCCGGGCGCGGGGCGACUGACCGCCCCCUGCACCCCACGGUGGGGCCGGCCCGGCCCAGCUAUCGCCUCUCUGGGCAGCUGCGGUCCGCCAGCCUCAGAGGGACACAGCUCUGUGGUCACCUUCCGCUUCAUUGAGAAGGCCAGCGUGCGGACACUGGGUUGCCCGACAGCCCCCCAUCUCCGCUGGGAGAAUGGCCCCUACAGCCUCAGCCGCAGUCUGGAGCUCGGUGGGGACGUAGGAUCCUCCCAGCCCCAGCCCCUGCCUCAGGAGCGGCUCCUGCACACGCUGAAGCUGGAGGCCUCCGCGUCUGACCCGCUCCUGGCCGGGGGCAGGACCCCAGGGGGGACUUGUCCCUGUGGGAAGGAGCUCUGUGGCCUCAACACCAGCUGCCUCUGCCGAUCCCUAUCCAAUGGGCUGCCAGAGGAGUUCCCCACCUUAGCCAGGAGUGCCCUGAAGCCAGAGCCCCGACAUCAGGGCAGCACCUGGCUGUAUCCCCGGCAGAGCUCUGCCCAUGCCCAGCGCAUUGCCAAGGCCAAGUGGGAAUUCUUCUAUGGCUCCUCAGAUACUCCAAAGACAGGCUCCUCUGCCCCCGACUCCGCUCCUCUGGCUGAACUCCCCCAGAAGUCUGUCUCCCCACUGCCAGCCAAGCCACCGGCGUUGCUACCUGAGCACAGCCUGAGCCAUGUGGAGGUGGAGAUAGAAGUGUCUCCUUUGGGUGGCCAGAAGUCUGGCUCCUGUGAAACUGGGAUUAUAAGGAGGACAGUGAAGUACUCUGAGACAGACCUGGACACUGUGCCACUGAGGUGCUAUCGUGAGACCAACAUCGAUGAUAUCCUGGCCGAGAAGGAGGAGGUGGAUUCAGCAAUUGAGAGCCAGAAGGACAGUGAGAGCAACCCAAGUUUUGUGGGCACGCCAGGCAGGAGGAACAGCACACCAGAGGAGCCACCUGGCCCAGGCACCAGCUGCUCCAAGGAUGGGCUGCAGGACAGGGAUGUGGACGAGGAUGAUGAGGUGUUUGAGGCAAUGAGGAAGGAAAACAGGGAAAGGAUCAUGGACCGAGACACACAGGGUAUGCUCAAGUCUCCAGUGCCCUUUCUUCUAGGGCAUAGUCUCUCCAAGGAUGGCAUGGACUCUUUCAGCAAGCAUUUUGAGAACAUCAUGGAGUCCCAUCGAGCCAAAGGCACAUCUUACACCAGCCUGGACUCCAUUGACAUCCUUCCUUCCCCAGCCCGUACCCAUGGGACCUUUUUCACUUUUGACCUCCCAAACCUCACCCCCGAAAUACAGGGAAAAAUCCGAGACAGCGCCAAGGUGAUUGAGGAGAACUUUGCUCCUCUGGCUCACUUAGAGCCGGACUCUGGGACGAGUUCAGCCACAGAUGCCCCCUGGACAGAGAGGGAGGAGGAACAGGGGAGACGAAGGAAGGGCACUCGACACAGUCCUUGCCACUCAGAAGACAGCUUUGGCACUCCCUUGGCCUCCAACACAAGCGACCGCCCCCAGAGCCAGCUGGUUUUGGACUCAGAGUCGGAGAUGGACAGUGUGGAGCAGCUGGCCCUGGGAAGCACGGACACCCUUUCCAAUGGACACAAGGCUGACCUGGAGGCUGCCAAACGCCUGGCCAAGAGACUCUACAACCUGGAUGGCUUUAAAAAAGCAGAUGUGGCUCGCCACUUGGGGAAGAACAACGAGUUCAGCAGGAUGGUGGCAGGGGAAUAUCUGAAGUUCUUCGUGUUCACAGGGAUGAGUCUGGAUCAGGCUCUCAGGUCCUUUCUAAAAGAGCUGGCCUUGAUGGGAGAGACGCAAGAGCGAGAGCGAGUGCUGGCUCAUUUUUCCCAGCGCUACUAUGAGUGUAAUCCCAAUGCAAUCUCUUCAGAAGAUGGAGCCCACACCCUCACGUGCGCCCUGAUGCUGCUAAACACAGAUCUGCAUGGACAUAACAUUGGGAAGAGAAUGUCCUGCUCCGACUUCAUUGGCAACUUGGAGGGACUCAAUGGAGGUACUGACUUCCCCAAGGAGCUGCUCAAGGCACUGUAUGGCUCCAUCAAGAACGAGAAGCUGCAGUGGGCCAUAGAUGAGGAGGAGCUGAGAAAGUCCCUCUCGGAGCUGGCAGAUCCCAACCCAAAGUCCAUCAAGCGCAUCAGCAGCUGCAGUAACCCCUUUCUGGACUUCUCCCAGGACUCCAGCAUUGCCACUUACAAGCACGGGCUGUUAGUCCGCAAGAUCCACGCUGAUCCCGACUGCAAGAAAACACCCCGAGGGAAGCGCGGCUGGAAGCCUUUCCACGCCAUCCUGAAGGGAAUGAUUCUCUACCUGCAGAAGGAGGAGUAUAAGCCAGGGAAGGCACUGGCAGAAGAAGAACUGAAGAAUGCUAUUAGCAUCCACCAUUCGCUUGCCACGCGGGCAUCUGACUACAGCAAGCGACCCAAUGUCUUCUACCUCAGGACAGCUGACUGGAGGGUCUUCCUUUUCCAAGCACAGAACCCUGAACAGAUGCACUCGUGGAUCACACGCAUCAACGUGGUGGCGGCCAUGUUCUCUGCUCCCCCCUUCCCCGCAGCCAUCGGCUCCCAGAAGAAGUUCAGCCGCCCGCUGCUGCCCAGCUCCUGCACCAGGCUGUCUCAGGAGGAGCAGGUGAAGAACCACGAGACCAAGUUCAAGACAAUGUCAGCGGAGCUGCUGGAGCAUCGUUCCUCACUGCCUGAGAAGAAGGUGAAAGGCAAGGAGUAUGAGGAGCUAAAGCAAAAAGAAGAGUACCUGGAAUUUGAGAAAUCGCGCUAUGGCACCUAUGCCAUGCUGCUGCGGGCCAAGCUGAAGGCUGGCUCCGAGGACCUGGCAGCAUUUGAGUCCACCCUCUUUGACACAGCGGGUGGGGAGGACGAUGGCCUGAAAAAGUCCCGCUCCAGCCCCUCACUCAACGCAGAGCCCUCCAGCACGACCACCAAGGUGAAGCGCAACGUCUCAGAGCGCGCUGGCCGCCAGCCCGCAGGCCACCCCCAGAAGCCGUAAGUGUGGGGCCUCAGCUGCCUGCACUGCAGCUCUGUUCCCGCUCCCCCGGCACAGGGGUUGAGGCCGCGUGCCUGCCGAGACCCUGCAUGUGUCCGUCUGUCUGCGGCACAAGCUGGAGCGGGUGACAGCCCUACUCAGCCGCCAGCACCAGCCAUGCAGGGCCGUGGCCCCUCCACUGGAGACAGUGGCAGAGCAGGACAGUCCCCAGUCCUCGCCUGCAGGAGCUGCCUGACCCCGUGAGACUUGUUCCUGCCCCUCCUUGUCCUGCACUUGGCUGCAGGACCUGCUCUUGCUGCCCUGGGGAGAGGGAGCAACUGAAACCUAUCCGCUGGGCUCAAUUCUUCAAUGGC